UGGCGCGCUCGGCGGCGCCUCCCUCUCCCAGCAGCGGCGGAAUUCCCGGCCGGCGCGUCAGGUGAGACCGUGACGUCAUCGUGACGUCACCGAUCCCACGGGCUCUUUAUAACGGCCGGCCGGAGCCGCAGAGACCAGAGACAGUCCGCCAGCCGAGCAACGAGCUGGGGUACAGCGACAGAGCCGGAGAUUUCACCGGUGUAAUCAAUCAACUCUAGGAAUGCGCGUUUUGAUCGUGCUGGCGGCGGCAGCCUGCGCGGCCGGUCUGCCGCAGCAGUCAGCCGGCCAGUCCAACGCCCAGGUGACGACCAGCUCUCAGCAGCAGACGGGCGCCGACAUCAGCUCGCUGACCGACGCCGAGCUGCUGGCGGCGCUCACCGGCGGCGUCGACCUGCCGCCGUCGCCCAUCGUCGACCCCGUGCCGCCGACGCCGACGCCAGGUCUGACGGCCGAGGAGCUGGCGGCGCAGAGCCUGGGCGCCAACCAGGGCGAGACGGUGCGCUGUUCGGCGUCCCAGUACUUCUGCGUGCCUUACUACCUCUGCCACGAGGACCAGAUCAUCACCGACGGCGCCAGCCUCAUCGACAUCCGCUUCGGCAGCAAGGCCAACGACAGCGAGCCGCUGUCGCACUCGGAGUGCCCGAGCUUCAUCGACGUGUGCUGCCGCGACCCGACCGCGCCGCCCGACCCGCCCACGCCGCCGCCGUACGUGCCGCGCUGCGGUCGCCGCAACGAGUUCGGCGUCAACGCGCGCAUCACCGGCUUCCAGGACGGCGAGUCGCAGUUCGGCGAGUUCCCCUGGAUGGCGGCCGUGCUGCGCGUCGAGAACGUCGGCGGCGAGGCCAAGAACCUGUUUGUGUGCGGCGGCGCGCUGAUCCACCCGCAGGUGGUGAUGACGGCCGCCCACUGCGUGGCCAGCCUGGCGCAGGCGCCGCUCAAGGUGCGGCUCGGCGAGUGGGACACCCAGCACACCACCGAGUUCUUCGCGCACGAGGACGUCGACGUAGCCAGCGUAGCCGUGCACGAGAAGUUUAACGGCCGCAACCUGCACAACGACAUGGCGCUGCUGUUCCUGGAGCGGCCCGUCCAGCUGCAGGAGCACAUCGACACGCUGUGCCUGCCCGAGCCGGGCGUGGACUACACGGGCGCAGAGUGUGUCGCCACCGGCUGGGGCAAGGACCGCUUCGACAGCGGCCAGUACCAGACCGUGCUGAAGCAGGUGGAGCUGCAGCGCGUCGGCCACGAGUACUGCCAGCAGCAGCUGCGCACCACCCGCCUGGGACGCCGCUUCCUGCUCGACCGCUCCUUCACGUGCGCCGGCGCGCCGCCGUCGUCGGUCGACGCGCUGCCGGCCGACGCUCCGGUGGCCGACACCUGCACCGGUGACGGUGGCUCGCCGCUGGCCUGCCGCGACCCGGCCCAGCCCGACCGCUACGUGCACGGCGGCGUGGUGGCCUGGGGCAUCGGCUGCGGCGAGAAGGGUAUCCCGGGCGUGUACGCCGACCCGCAGUACUUCCUCUACUGGAUCGAUCAGCGCGUCACCCAGUAUUUCCAGCUGGCCACCUCCUACUUCGGCUUCCCGCCGCAGCCGGCCGCCGCGCAGCUCUGAGCUGGGGCCGCCCUCCUGUGAUAUAUGCUUCGCCAGUCGACGGUCCGAGGGGCACGCUUUCCCCGGCGAGGGGUGUAUGCUGUUGUACAAUGGGGUCAGACACGGGGCUCCAGCAGGGUGGGGGCACACACUCAGCCCCCGGGGGGCACCACGUGCUGACCCACAGGUUGUGUAGAUUCUCAGUGUCUUCCAAAUAUGGCAACAGACGUAUGGAAGUGUUGUGCUAUGUCAAUGUAAAUACAUGUCACUGAAUAA